GCUGGACCCUUUAGAGAUUCUCGCAAUCGUACGAACACGGCUGAGACGAACCGCUCGUCCUAACGUUUGCGUUGCACCUCCGCACACAACAAUGCAGCGUUACUUCAAGGAGGAUUGUGAAGACUCACAAUCAAGCCUGUGUGGGUGCGUGCGUUCGCGUACGUGAGGUCGUUGUAUUCUCUCGAGUCUCGAUGGGAAACUCCGUCGUGCCAUUUACCUAUCGUACCAUGCAUUCUGCCGCCGAACUGCUCUUUGUCAAACAUUACUAAUUGACGCGAGCAUUUUUGCCGGAAGUCUCGUUUCGGCGCAUUCAUCAGAAUCAUCUACCGUCAGUGAUUAUGCGGAGGGAUAGUUCAACAGAAUAAGUGGCAAUAUUGAAAUUUGCAGCUGCAAUAUAAAAAUAUUCUCGGCAUCCACAUCUGUGAUAUUUGGCAUACAUCACCAUUAUCACGUAUAUUAUGAUAAACGAAAAUCAACAUCUGUCUUGUGCAACAGCCAACAAGAAAACAGUGUUUUCUGGUGUAGUCAGUCUCACAUGGCGAUUUGAGUUAGGAUCAAUGCCAUUCUUAUAUUAAUAAUCAUACUCCUGAACGUAAACUGAACAAAUCAUGAGGGUCACAGCGUGCCAUUUUCGUCGCUGUAUAAUAGCAGGACUAUUCAUAGCACUUUUAUUUUGUGUUGUUCAAGUAAUACGAAUAGAAUUAGGAUUUAAUGAACCCGAUAUGUCAAAUCUAAAUAAAUUAAUGUACAUAUCACAAUUGAUCAAAGAAUCAGAACAGUCUUAUUCAAGAGAUGGUGCUGUUGCAUGCAAAUUACCCCAAUUAAAUAUCUCUAGUCCAGAAAUAAUGAAAUUCAUACAUGAUGUAUCACCCUUAUCUUGUGGAGCAGAAGAUUGGGUUAUAGUUGAAGGUUCAAGACUUGUUAUUACUAAUAAAGCAAAGACGAAAUAUGGACACAUAAUAUGCAUCUUUAGUGAAAUUAUCAGAACAGACGACUACAAUAACAAAUUGUUAGAUGGUAUAGAGGCUGAUGAUUUCUACAUUAUGAGAGAGAGUGAUUUUGCAGAUGUCAGAUGCAAAUCGAAAAGUGGAGAUGUGUGGCAUAGUAUACUCGCUGGUGUGAAACACGAUCCGUAUGUCAAACAGAAGCACAAUUGGGAAAACGUACCAAACACAGUCUUGAAAUUGAAUGUGCUCAUGUUCGGCUUUGAUUCGCUGUCACGAAACACGUUCAUUCGCAAACUGCCCAAAACUUAUCAUUUCAUAAAACAACUGAACGCUCUGGUGCUAGAGGGAUAUAAUAUCGUGGGAGAUGGCACUCCACAGGCACUUAUUCCGAUUUUAACCGGCAAGAUUGAACUUGAGUUACCAGAAACGCGAAAACGAAUUAACACAGCAAAUUACGUCAACGUAUAUCCUAUGAUAUGGAAUAAAUAUGAGGAACAUGGAUACAUAACAGGUUUUAUGGAAGAUGUACCGCAUAUCGGGACGUUUACUUAUCGCUUAAAAGGAUUUGAUAAGCAACCGACCCAUCACUACAUGCGCACCUAUUAUUUAGCCGCUUCUUCAUAUUUCAAAACAUAUAAUAAAUUCUGUUUAGCUGGCACUCCACGCCAUCUGGUGAUGAUGAAUUAUAUAAAAACGAUAUUCAAUACAUAUAAAAAGCAGCCAAAAUUUGUAUUUGGAUUUCAUGGAGAACUUUCUCAUGACUCUUAUAACGAUAUCGGGGUGGUGGACAACGAUUUAUAUUCUUGGGUGAAAAAUUUUUACGAUCUUGGACAUUUAAACAGUACCAUUUUAAUUUUAAUGAGCGAUCAUGGACACAGAUUUGCGGAUAUUCGUAAUACUUUACAAGGCAAGCAAGAAGAAAGAUUGCCAUUUUUCUCCUUCAUUUUUCCACCUUGGUUUAAACAAGUCCACCCACAAGCUUACGCAAACUUCGUGUACAACACACAAUAUUUAACGUCACCAUUCGAUGUACACAAGACGUUAGAAAAUAUACUUAACUUUGGUACGCCAAAAGAUGGGGAUCGACGUCAAAGAGCUAUCAGUUUGUUUGAUAAGAUACCUGUGGAUAGAACAUGCGCAGAUGCAUUUAUAGAGCCUCAUUGGUGUGCUUGUCUCGGAUGGAAAGAACUCUCAAUUGAUGAUACAAACGUUGUGGCUGCUGCUAAUUACUUCGUUCAAUUCCUUAAUGGUUACAUCGAAGAUCAUCAUAAUAUAUGCGCGAUACUACAUUUGGACGAGAUCUUAUGGGCUGCUAGGCUUAUACCUACUAAAGGUUUACUUAAGUUCCGAAAAUCCGGAGAUCAAGACGGUUUUAUAGGUGAUUUCAGUGCCAAAACAAAAGUAAUAACUGAAAUUUAUCAACUAAAAGUAAAAACAGUACCAGGUGACGCGUUAUUUGAAGUUAGCAUUGUUCAAGAUCUUGCGAAGAAUACUUUUCACACUAAGAUCUCUGAUGUUAGCAGAAUCAAUAUGUAUGGAUCUCAGGCGAGAUGUGUAGAAAAUUCACUAUUUCAUUUACGCAAAUACUGUUAUUGCAAAGGAUAAAUGACAUUUGCAUAGCAUAAUUUUAAAUAGCGUACAAUGUGGAUCACAGAAAGAUUGUAACACUUCUUUUCGAUUAGUUUCAGAAUGCAAUCUGCUCAUCGGAGAAAUUGGUUCUCUUACAAUAUAGAUUUAAUCAUUUAUAUUCAAUCACUCUACAAGCAAGACUAAAUUCCGAAAUCCAUAAAAAAAAAAGGUUUUGCAAUCUUUCUGUGAUCCACUGUACAGGAAUAACGCGCAUUAAAAUAUCAAUCAAAAAAGAUCUUGAGCGUGAGAAAUGUUAUUUAAUUUUAAACGAAAGUGCUGUGAUUAAUAUCACUUUGUUUUUUUGCAAUAUGAUGUUGCAUAUUAGACUGGCAUUAUAUUUAUCUUGAUAA